AUGUCUGCUCCAGUCUCCACCACCCCCUCAACCUGCUGCGGCCGCUCCGGCGGACCCUGCGCCUGCGCCGCCGAAGCCACCUGCUCCUGCGGGAAACAAUCCGCUCUCAACUGCAAUUGCGAGAAAGCUUCCACCGAGAAUAAACUUCAGGGUGCGAGGUGUUCGUGCAAUCAACGACCAGCAGGAGAAUGCACGUGCUCCCGCGCCGCGACGGAGAAUACCCUGCCCAAGGCGGGGGAGGCUUGUGCGUGUGGGAAGAGGUCGAGUGAUUCGUGCAACUGCAAGGGUGUCGAGGCCGGUGUUGCGGGUGGAGAGGGAUUGGAGACGGACUUUACUACGAAGAAGUAG